CAUGGCUCGGUUCCCAAACGCCACACCUCUGCAGAGAAGCAGGUAAAAAAAAUAAAGGCCAUCGCAUAUACGGAUAGAAACAAACUACGCUCACUCCCUUCUUCUCUUGCUACAUCCACCGCAUCUACCAUUACCACUACAAAAAUUUCUUCUUAUCACUUGUGUUGGAGACCCCCCAACCACCUCUCUCUCUCUCUCUCUGUCUCUCUGAGGGCUUCGUCUCUGUCAGCCAUGGGUGCUCUAGUGUUUAUGGUGCUCAUGUUGGCUAUGAUUGGUGGAUCGGAUGCUGCUUGGUGUGUUUGUAGAUCUGACCAGAGUAGCACUUCUCUCCAGAAGACAUUGGACUAUGCUUGUGGAGCUGGGGCUGAUUGCAGUCCUAUUCAGCAAACUGGGGCUUGCUACAACCCUAAUACUGUUCUUGCCCAUUGCUCCUAUGCUGCCAACAGCUACUUCCAGAGGAAGGGGCAGACACAGCAGGCUUGUGACUUUGCAGGCACUGCCACUCUCAGUGCAUCAGACCCAAGUAGCGCUGGAUGCACAUACCCUGCAAGUUCCAGCGCUGCAGGCACAAGCACUACUCCUACCACCCCAACAACCACCACCCCAAGCACUCCAGGAACCAUCACCCCAAGCACCCCUGGAACCACCACAGGAAUAACACCCAGCACCUUCAGCCCACCCACCACCACUGGGACAGGAGGAGUUUUGGGAGGACUGGGCCCCUCUGGAAACAGCAUAUCUACUGAUAGCAGUGAUGGUGGGUUCCCCUCAAAGGCUGGGAUGAGUUCUCUCCUCCUCACCAUUAUGUUCUCAGGCAUGGUUUUGUUGAGGACUUGAUUAAAAGCUGCACUGGUGGUUGGAAUGGAACUUGAGUGAUCUUACUGUAGGAAAUUGGAGGACCAAAUCUUCUACAGACAUUCCACCUCUAGAGUUUGUUUCUUUUCAGUAGUGGCCAGCAGAAAGGAGUUUAGAUUCCAUUUGGGUGGGUGGCUGGCUGGCUGGCUUUCUCCUCUUGAACACUUUUUCUCCUUUUUGUAAAUCCAGGGAGGCAGAAAUUAAUUAAUUGUCUUAGUAUAUGGUUUCACUACUAUGCUAGGGCUUAUAUGUUGUCACCGAUGAGUACAUGUUAUUAGAUACUGCUAUUUCUAUAUGUUUUAUCAUAUAUUAGUGCCAUUAUGGAUC